AGUUUGGACUCUUGAAAUUUGUAUUGUUGGCGGUAUAUCUAAUCGCACAUCUAAUCUGCAGCCUCCCGAAGAGCCGAAAGUCUUCGACGCGCUCGAGCCCGUUCGAUCGCCGGAAUAUUCCGAGCGCUACUUCCGACGAGAUAUAUACACCGUUCCCCACGCUUGUGAUGCAAUAGCCUCGGAGGCAGCAGAUCUCGUUCUUGCCGACGAGAUGCGGUGGAAACUGAAUGACGGUCACGAGCGCGCACAUGCGCGCAGGGGAAAAAGACGGUAUCGAGCCAGGACGGCUGGUUCGCCCGUUAACAGAAACGGUGCGGCAGCGUCAGUUUCUUCUUCCAUCGCGCUUGGAGGACGUCCGGCGCCGGAGCGCCAAUUUCACGCGCACCCAGACGCCGUCUUCGGCCGCUAAACUCUCGGUUUUCCCACUUUGAAAUUUUCGCCGCUCGCGGUGUGCCGCCCGCGAAGCUGAUGUGCGCGCGGAGCUACGCCGGAGGAUGAGAACGCCGCCGCUGCCGCCGCUGCCGCCGCCGCCGUCGUCGCUGCCGCUCUCGUUGUUCGACGGAUAAUCACGCGCGGGCGGGGAAUCCGAUCCAGAGCGGUGCAGCCGCGAGUUAAAAUGAGCAAGUUAACUCGGAAGAGACGCUCUUAACAUUAAUCGGAAGAGACGCCGUAUCUAGGCUGACUUUGUCGGAAGUUGGUGGAACGACGCGGAGAUGACGAAGAGGUUCGAGUUCAACUGGCAGAUUGAGGUGCCGGAAGCACUCCGUACCGGCUGCGUCUUCGAUCGUUGGACGGAGGAGAAGGAUAACACUGAAAUCGAGCUGAAUUGCCUGUUCAAAGUCGACGAGUAUGGUUUCUUCAUCUAUUGGCAGAGCGAGGGAAAGGAUGGAGAUGUUAUUGAGUUGUGUCAAGUGAGCGACAUCAGAGCCGGAGGCGUUCCUAAGCAGGACCCCAAGUUCUUCGACAAACUGCUCAGCAAGCAUGGCGAGCAGUUGGAAGACAAAAGCCUGACCAUCUGUUCUGGCGUCGAUUACACCAACAUCAAUUAUCAGCACGUCGUGUGUCCGGACCCUGCCACAGCCAAGGUAUGGUUGGACGGCGUUCGAUCGAUUACGCACAACGUCAAAGCGAAUAACGUUUGCCCGCUUACAUGUCUGAAGAAACAUUGGAUGCGACUCAGGAUGCUGGUCGACCCCAAUGGAAAAGUUCCAGUGAAAGUGGUCGCGAGAACUUUCGCGUCCGGCAAAACGGAGAAGCUUGUUUACCAGUGUCUCUCUGAGUUAGGCCUACCUAGCGGAAAGAACGACGUGAUAGAACCCGACGACUUUACCUUCGACGCAUUCUACGCGCUUUAUCACAAAAUAUGCCCGAGGAACGACAUAGAGGAAUUAUUUCAGUCGAUAACGCAGGGCAAAGGGCGAACGGAGGGCGAUACAAUUAACCUGGAGCAACUGAUCACCUUUCUCAACGAGAAGCAAAGAGAUCCGACCCUGAAUGAAAUUCUCUACCCCCUCUACGACGAGAAACGUGCAAUGGAGAUCAUCAAUGAUUACGAGCAGAAUGAGGUUGCGCGUAAUGAAAAAACGAUGACGAAGGACGGCUUCAUAAGGUACCUGAUGUCCGACGAAAACGCGCCAGUUUUCCUCGACAGACUAGACGUUUACAUGGAUAUGGACCAACCUCUGGCGCAUUAUUACAUCAAUUCGAGCCACAACACAUACCUGAGCGGACGUCAAUUCGGCGGGAAGAGCAGCGUCGAAAUGUAUAGACAAGUUUUACUUGCAGGAUGCAGGUGCGUCGAAUUGGAUUGUUGGGACGGCAAAGGGGAAGAUGAGGAGCCGAUAAUCACCCACGGCAAAGCCAUGUGCACCGACAUUCUAUUUAGAGACGUUAUAUACGCAGUCAGAGACACGGCCUUCGUUACAUCGGAAUAUCCAUUGAUUCUCAGCUUCGAAAAUCAUUGUAGCAAGAAGCAGCAAUACAAACUGGCCAAGUACUGUGACGAAAUUCUUGGUGAUCUGUUGUUAAAGGAACCCCUGAAAGAAUAUCCUUUGGAGCCAGGAGUACCGCUGCCGCCGCCCAGUAUGUUGAAACGCAAGAUUAUCAUUAAGAACAAGCGCCUAAAGCCCGAAGUCGAGAAGCAGGAGUUGGAGCUCUUCAAGCAAGGUCAAUUUGUGAUCGAGGACGAAAUCAAGGAAGACUUCAGUGCGCCGCCGGCGAUCGCCGCCGCUGUGGAACGGCAACCGGUAAAAGAAGAAAGUUCUGAAUCCAUAACGUCAUCGGGCAUUCAACAACAGCAAUCUGUCACUGGUUCAGUAGGCUUUGGAGAAAGCAUAGAAUUAGUAGCGGCUCAGAAUUAUAUCCCAAGUACUACCAAUGUACAUCCAUGGCUGUCUUCCAUGGUCAACUAUGCGCAACCUGUAAAGUUCGCCAGUUUCGACGAAGCCGAAGAAAGGAACAUUCAUCACAAUAUGUCUUCCUUCUCGGAAACGACUGGCUUGACCUAUUUGAAAACCUCCGCCAUUGAAUUCGUAAAUUAUAACAAACGGCAGAUGAGCCGGAUUUAUCCGAAAGGUACACGAGCCGACUCUUCCAACUAUAUGCCGCAGGUCUUCUGGAACGCUGGCUGCCAAAUGGUGUCGCUGAACUUUCAAACCGCGGAUCUGCCUAUGCAACUGAAUCAAGGAAAGUUCGAGUACAACGGAUCUUCGGGCUACUUAUUGAAGCCGGACUUCAUGAGACGUUCUGAUAGGAGCUUUGAUCCUUUCGCCGAGAGUCCCGUUGAUGGAGUGAUCGCCACACAAUGCAGCGUUCAGGUAAUAGCAGGCCAGUUUUUAUCCGACAAGAAAGUCGGGACGUACGUUGAGGUCGAAAUGUAUGGCCUACCUACCGACACGAUACGCAAGGAAUUUCGCACGAGAGUGGUCCCCGCCAACGGUUUGAACCCCGUUUACAAUGAAGAGCCCUUUCUCUUCAGGAAAGUCGUCCUACCAGAUUUGGCCGCUCUGAGAUUCGCGGUAUACGAUGAAUCGAACGGCAAGCUACUAGGACAGAGAAUCGUUCCUUUAGACGGUUUGCAGGCCGGAUAUCGGCACAUCGCGUUGCGAACCGACGCCAAUUUUCCUAUGUCUCUGCCUAUGCUGUUUUGUAACAUUGACAUAAAAAUCUAUGUGCCAGAUGGUUUUGAAGAAUUUAUGGACGCUUUAACGGCGCCGCGAGCAUUUAAGAAAUCAGAAAGCAUGUCGCAAAAUAAAAUGCGAGGUCUGGGAAUCGAAGAGAGUGAUAGCAAAAACAAUGUGGACAACAAAAAUAACGUGUUAUCUCAUCACCAAGAAGCAGCAAAACCAAGAGAAGAAAUGAAGUUCGAUCCAAUCACUCUGGAGACUUUGAGACAAGAAAAGGGUUAUCAAAAAGUAUUACGGAAACAGCAAAAGGAACUGGAGUCUUUGAAAAAGAAGCACCACAAGGAGAAAUUGACUGUCCAGAAGCAACAUUGUGUUGCAAUAGAGAAGAUUUUUAAGGGAAAAAACAAAGCGGAACUUUCGAGAGACCCCAUCGUUCGUCGCGCCGUUUCCGAACAGACGACCCAGUGGUCGCAUCUCGCCGACAGGCAACGCCGGGAGGAACGCGAUCUGGUCCGCGGGCAUCUGGAAGAGCGGCGGACGCAGCUGUGCAAAUUGUGCAUGGCCGCGCAGCUGGCGCAACAGAAACAGCUGACCGCGCGACACGACCGUGAGAUGAAAGAUAUGACCGCGCGACAGGCGAGACUGUCGGUGGAGAGCGCGAGGGAAGUGAUGAACGACAAGACUUUGAAGACGCGCGGAAUCAAGGAGGGUAGACUCAGGGAGAAGCAGCAGAACAACACGAAGAAGUUUAUGGAAGAGCGCAGGAUUGCGCAGAUGAUACAGAACAGAGAGAAAGAGAAAUUAAAGGUGGUCCACGAGAAGCAAUUGGAAGAGCUGCAGAAGGAUAUGAACGCGAUCAUGGAUAUGUACAAGAAUGAAGACAUGGACUACGAGCCGGCUAAGAUGCUGGCUGAAUUCUACGUGUGAUGAGUGCCAGCCAAGUUUCUCUGAAAAUUUUCUCCACAGCGAGAAACACGUUACGAAGGAGGGACUGUUUUCAGACAAUUUACUACUGUCGUUAAUUAUACUUGAAAUUGGGAUCAAAUUUCAUUAGCUGUCGUUAUUGUAUCCGCCGACAAAUGUCGCGUAUCGUGAGAAAGAAAAAUGAGCAACUACAUUAACGUUUCUAAUUCAUUCAGCCAAGUAUUUUUUUAUAAGCAGACAUUUUAUGUCUCCAUAGUCUCUGAGUACCUAGACUAACGAGGGAGUCAAUACAACUAAAGUGAUCUAGUCAAGUAUUAAAUAUAUAUACUUAUACACAAAACGUAUAUCAUGAUGUCGUGGCCGAUGUAAAACGGUGUAAUGCACCGCGCGAUUUGUCGAAGUGAAUAUUUUUCGAUUGUUAACGCUAUAUUGUCGAAGUCUAUCAGAGUAAAAAAAAAACGUAUAUGCGUAUGCGUGUGUGUGUGCGUGUGCGUGUGCGUGUGCGUGUGCGUGUGCGUGAAGACUGCUGUCUGUAUUCGUGAAUUAAUGCCUAAUGCCGACAGGAACUUUCUCUGUUACCGUGAUGAUUCCUAGACCAUACAUACCUUAAGUUGAGAGACGCUCUCACGGUCGGACCUAAACCGAUAAAUUCUCGUGAUUGCUGAUAAUGAUUAGAGUAUUAUAGAACGUUUGAGAAUCUCGAGCUGAAGGCUGUAAUUUAUACAGAUCGAAGGAAGCGCCUCUUACACGGCCCUUACAUGAAUGGUCACAUAGGAUUGUAAAUAAAACUUCAAACGAGA